AUGGAAUCUAUUGAUGUCUUGAAGAAGAACCUGGAACUUGCUAAAGAGCAGUUAAAAAUAGUUGACAAUGAUAUAAAAAGAAUUACAGGACGAGACCCAUCUGAUAGACGUAUAGGAGAAGCGAAUUCCAAGCGUAUACGUGCACGGAUAGCUGGAGUCAACCAGUUAAGGCCAGAUUCUUCGGAUAAAGUAAAUGAUGACAAAAUCCUUCAGGAUAUUAAGCGACCUAUUGAUGAUGAUUUACGAGUUUCUGUUGCAUCCUCUGUUGUUCGUGUUACUGAUACUCGUUCUAGGGAAGAUGCAGCCAAAGAAUUAAAAAAGUCAGACAAAGAAAGAGGACGCCGUAUGCUUGGGAUUCUUCAGGGUACAUUGAAGCAGUUCCAAGCUGAAUCUGCAGCUGCAAUCAAAAAACCUCAAAUGGAAAAACGACGUUUAGUUGAUGCUAAGUUGGAAGCUCGAGCAAAAGAAGAAAAAGAAAACUUACGUCGUGAACGCGCAGAACUAUUUCGUACUCGACGAGAACAUCACGUUGAAGUUAGCAUUCUACAACAAAAAAUGAGAUUAUUGAAAAAGUUUGAGAUAUGGAAGGAGCAACAGGAAAAAUGA